AUGGCAGGAGAGUUGGCUGACAGGAAGGACCGUGAUGUGUCACCUUCCAAGGAGGAAAGGAAGCGAUCUCGGUCACCUGACAGGGAACGGGACAGAGACCGGGACCGGAAAUCUUCCCCUUCUAAAGACAGAAAGCGGCAUCGCUCAAGGGACAGGCGUCGAGGGGGCAGCCGGUCUCGCUCCCGUUCCCGGUCCAAGUCUGCGGAAAGAGACCGACGGCACAGAGAACGGGAUAAGGAGCGGGAUCGGAAUAAGAAGGACCGAGAUCGGGAUAAGGAUGGACACAGACGGGACAAGGACCGGAAACGAUCCAGUUUAUCUCCUGGACGAGGAAAAGAUUUUAAAUCUCGGAGAGACAGAGACUCGAAGAAGGAUGACGACGAUGAACAUGGUGAUAAGAAGCCUAAGGCCCAGCCAUUAUCCCUAGAGGAACUUCUGGCCAAGAAAAAGGCUGAGGAAGAAGCUGAGGCUAAGCCCAAGUUUCUGUCCAAAGCAGAACGGGAGGCUGAAGCCCUGAAGCGACGGCAGCAGGAGGUGGAAGAGCGGCAGAAGAUGCUUGAAGAAGAGAGGAAGAAAAGGAAACAGUUUCAAGACUUGGGCAGGAAGAUGUUGGAAGACCCUCAGGAACGAGAGCGCCGGGAGCGCAGGGAGAGGAUGGAGCGGGAGACCAACGGGAACGAGGACGAGGAAGGGCGGCAGAAGAUCCGGGAGGAGAAGGAUAAGAGCAAGGAGCUGCAUGCCAUUAAGGAGCGUUACCUGGGUGGCAUUAAGAAGCGGCGCCGAACGAGGCAUCUCAAUGACCGCAAGUUUGUCUUUGAGUGGGAUGCAUCUGAGGACACAUCGAUCGACUACAACCCACUGUACAAAGAACGGCACCAGGUGCAGUUGUUGGGGCGAGGCUUCAUUGCAGGCAUUGACCUAAAGCAGCAGAAACGAGAACAGUCACGUUUCUAUGGAGACCUCAUGGAGAAGAGGAGGACACUGGAAGAAAAGGAGCAGGAGGAGGCAAGACUCCGCAAACUUCGUAAGAAGGAAGCCAAGCAGCGCUGGGAUGACCGUCAUUGGUCCCAGAAGAAGUUAGAUGAGAUGACGGACAGGGACUGGCGGAUCUUCCGUGAGGACUACAGCAUUACCACCAAAGGUGGCAAGAUCCCUAAUCCCAUCCGAUCAUGGAAAGACUCUUCUCUGCCCCCACACAUCUUGGAGGUCAUUGAUAAGUGUGGCUACAAGGAACCAACACCUAUCCAGCGUCAGGCCAUUCCCAUUGGGCUUCAGAAUCGUGACAUCAUUGGUGUGGCUGAGACUGGCAGUGGCAAGACAGCAGCCUUCCUUAUUCCGUUGCUGGUCUGGAUCACCACUCUUCCCAAAAUCGACAGGAUCGAAGAGUCAGAUCAGGGCCCUUAUGCCAUCAUCCUGGCCCCCACCCGCGAGUUGGCUCAGCAGAUUGAGGAAGAGACCAUCAAGUUUGGGAAGCCACUAGGCAUCCGCACUGUGGCUGUCAUUGGCGGCAUCUCCAGAGAAGACCAGGGCUUCAGGCUGCGCAUGGGCUGUGAGAUUGUGAUUGCUACCCCAGGACGUCUGAUCGAUGUGCUGGAAAACCGCUAUCUGGUGCUGAGCCGCUGCACCUACGUGGUUCUGGAUGAGGCAGAUAGGAUGAUUGACAUGGGCUUUGAGCCAGACGUCCAGAAGAUCCUGGAGCACAUGCCUGUCACCAACCAGAAGCCGGACACGGAUGAGGCUGAGGACCCUGAGAAGAUGUUGGCCAACUUUGAGUCAGGAAAACAUAAGUACCGCCAAACGGUCAUGUUCACGGCCACCAUGCCCCCAGCCGUGGAGCGUCUGGCUCGGAGCUAUCUCCGGCGGCCUGCUGUGGUGUACAUUGGCUCUGCAGGCAAGCCCCAUGAACGUGUGGAACAGAAGGUCUUCCUCAUGUCAGAGUCAGAGAAGAGGAAAAAGCUGCUGGCAAUCUUGGAGCAAGGCUUUGACCCACCCAUCAUCAUUUUUGUCAACCAGAAGAAGGGCUGUGAUGUUUUGGCCAAAUCCCUGGAGAAGAUGGGGUACAAUGCUUGUACAUUGCAUGGUGGAAAAGGCCAGGAGCAGCGAGAAUUUGCACUGUCCAACCUCAAGGCUGGGGCCAAGGACAUUCUAGUGGCUACAGAUGUGGCAGGUCGUGGUAUCGACAUCCAAGAUGUGUCUAUGGUGGUCAACUAUGAUAUGGCCAAAAACAUUGAAGAUUAUAUCCACCGCAUUGGCCGCACGGGACGAGCAGGCAAGAGUGGUGUGGCCAUCACCUUCCUCACCAAAGAGGACUCUGCUGUGUUCUAUGAGCUGAAGCAAGCCAUCCUGGAGAGCCCCGUGUCUUCCUGCCCCCCAGAGCUAGCCAACCACCCAGACGCCCAGCACAAACCAGGCACCAUCCUCACCAAGAAGCGCCGGGAAGAGACCAUCUUUGCCUGA